UCGGUGACAUACCCCUUGGCUUGUUUGUGCUUGCUUAUCACUUUUGUUGUGCGUCUGUGACUCUCUCCGUGACUCUUCCGAUAAAAUUAAAGUCCCUGACUGAGCAAAGGAAAAAAAUGUCCGAUACCGAAGCACCAGUUGAGGUCAAGAAGCGCGGAAGACCCGCCAAGAAUAAGGAUGCCGUUGCAGAGAAGGAGGCGAAAAAGCGCGGCCAUUCGGCGUCCCCGAAGAAGGACAAAUCGCCGGCCGUGAAGGAGUCCGCAGCUGCGGAGAAUGAGAACGGCGAGGCACCGGCAAAGCGUGGCCGCGGAAGGCCCCCGAAGGGAAGCAAGGGAGCCGGCAAGAAGACAGCCGCGGCGGCUAAGCCCAAGGGAACAUCCGGCCGGGGCCGUGGGCGUCCACCAAAGGCCAAACCACCAGCAUCCUCUGAGGACAAUGACGACGACGAGGAGGAGGAGGAGGAAGAUGAGGAGGCUUAAGCAGUUGCAGCAGCUCCGUGGUUAGCCGGCGCCUGGACACGCGGCCAAAACAAAACAACCUGCCCGUCGCCAUAUUUCAAACGUACUGACGUCACAUCCCUCUGAAUUCACCCCUCCCCCAAAAUUCCCCCCCCCCCUCCCUUUAGAAUUUAAGACUACACAACAGAACUUCUAGAAGAUAGUCCGCGCGUAUCAAUGGGCAGGAAGGGCCUGUGUGUCGACGUAAGAUUACUAUAUAAAUAUAAAAAGAGAAAAAAUAAACAAAAAAAAAACAAAUUUAAGGAUGCAUUCUCUAAAUGUAAAUAAGGACAGAAUUUUCAGGAUUCCAGACCACAAAAAAUUCUUUAAAACAAAAUAAAAGAAAGUUAUUUUAAAUAGAUAAAAAUUGGUCACUUUUAGUUAAUCUUAAGUGUCUUCUCAAAAAAAAAAAGAAAUAAUUAUAACUAUAAUUAAAAAUUUUGAGUAAUUCCGGAAUUUAUACUUCUUUAAUUUAAAAUGAAAAAACGUUCAAUAAAUGGUAAUGAUAAACUCUAAAAAAAA